AUGUGUGAUAGAACCCAAGCCCACGCAAACACGCUGAUCCCAGAAAAGGGCGCCGACGCGGACCAGACGAAAUCAGAGCCUCUGCGCCGGCACAGCAGACUCCGGCGGUCGAAUCGCGCUGUAGCCAUGAUAAGGAACGACCGAGACGACUACACAGCGAUCAGCAGGCAAGAUCUGGACUUGCCAUGUCUGCUGAGUGCACUGACCACCGGCAUUCAGCACAUCCCGGUUAGAGACAUUUGCGCCUGGGCACACCGUCCCGUCGAGACGCGCCGCCAGGAGGCACGCCAACGGCAGGGCAGAAUCCCACGUCCGCCGAACCCAUUCAUGCUGUACCGGUUGGCUUACAGCGAUCGAGCAAAGCACUGGCUUGCACAGAAUGAUGAUCGAGCCAUCUCCAUCCUCACAGGACGGAGCUGGACGAUGGAAGCCCUCCACAUUCGAAAAAAGUACAAGACGCUCGCAGUGACGGAGAAACAAAUGCAUGCUGGAGCGCACCCGGGAUAUCGGUUCUCGCCGUCAACCAAGAAGAGACGAUCGCAGACCGCAUGA